GUCCGCUACAGUCCCCUUAACACCACCCGCCACCUCUUCUCCUUUAUUCUACCCUGCUUUGCUUUACCAUGCAUAACAGCCUUGUUCCCCAUGUGCUCCUCUCUCUUCUCUGCAUCGGAUUGAGUGCCCAGACUGAGCUGGAGACGGAUGAGGUGGUCCCCCGGCUGCUGUCCGGGCAGGAGGCGCACCUGUCCUCCCGACACACCGUCCGCUCCCUGCGGCGCCGCGGCCAGCGCUCCCUGCACGGCCAGGGCGGAGGAUCCUCUGACCCGGAUCACAUCAUCCUGUCACUGCCCGCUUUCGGAAGGAGCCUCUAUUUAAAUCUGACGCGGGACAGCGCGUUUCUCUCCCGGGACUUUGUGGUGGAGGAGCGGCUGAGCGGGGAGCAGAGCCCGGCAGUGAGCAGCCUGUCCCGGGAGCAGCUCUGCUUCUACUCCGGCUCCAUCAUCAACCACACCGACUCCCUGGCGUCCCUCAGCACCUGUGGAGGCCUGACUGGGUUCAUCCAGAUCGGAGAGGAGCGCCUUUUCAUCGAGCCACUGGGUGAACAUCGCCCCUCACAGUCCUUCUCCGGACUGAAGCACCAGCUGCAGAGACACCGACGCUCUGCCCCCCCCAGCUCUGCUCUGCACGCUGACCCGCCACACUUCUGUGGGACUGCACAAGGGAAGAAGAAGGAAAAGAUGUCCAAAGUGGGUGAGGAGGGUCGGGGGAGGAGGAACGCCAUCCGCCUGCAUGAAGCCUACACAGUGGAGACGGUGGUGGUGGCCGACUCCGACAUGGUGCAGUACCACGGGGCCGAGGCGGCGCAGAGGUUCCUGCUGACCGUCAUGAACAUGGUCUACAACAUGUUCCACCACCGGAGUCUGGGCAUCAGGAUCAACAUCAGAGUCACCAAGCUGGUGCUGCUCCACAGCCGCCCGGGGAAGCUGAAGGUGGGCCACCAUGGGGAGCGGGCUCUGGAGAGCUUCUGUCACUGGCAGUAUCAGGAGUUUGGGUGGCCGCGGUACCUCGGCACCAACCACGUUCCUGGAGGAAGGGACGACAUCCCCCCAGUGGACACGGCAGUGCUCGUCACCAGGACAGAUUUCUGCGUUCAUAAAGACGAGCCAUGUGAUACUGUGGGUAUUGCGUAUCUGGGGGGUGUCUGCAGUACCAAGAGGAAGUGUGUGUUAGCUGAGGACAAUGGACUCAACCUGGCCUUCACCAUAGCUCACGAGCUGGGACACAACAUGGGGAUGAGCCACGACGACGACCACGCCACCUGCACCGGUCACUCCCACAUCAUGUCUGGGGAGUGGGUGAAGGGCAGGAACCCCAGCGACCUGUCCUGGUCCUCCUGCAGCAGAGACGACCUGGAGAACUUCCUCAGGUCCAAAGCCAGCGCCUGCCUCCUGCACACGGACCCCCGGAGCCGCUACCAAGUGAGACUCCCCCCCAAGCUGCCGGGCAUGCACUACAGCGUGGACGAGCAGUGCCAGAUCCUAUUUGGAACCAACGCCACCUUCUGCAACGACAUGGAGCACCUGAUGUGUGCAGGCUUGUGGUGUUUAGUCGAGGGAGAUGCUUCCUGCAAGACCAAACUGGACGCUCCUCUGGAUGGAACAGAGUGUGGAGCAGACAAGUGGUGCAGGGCAGGAGAGUGUGUUAGUAAGACCCCCAUCCCGCAGCAUGUGGACGGGGACUGGAGUCCGUGGAGCCAGUGGAGCAUGUGCAGCAGGACCUGCGGUACUGGAGUCCAGUUCAGACAGAGGAAAUGUGACAACCCUCCGCCUGGUCCUGGGGGGCAACACUGUCAGAAGCUCAGUGUGGAGCACAAGGCCUGUGAACGCCCCCCUUGUCCCAAAGGAACCCCCUCCUUCAGAGACCUGCAGUGUCUGUCCUACGACCGGCACGCCAGCAAGAAGAAGGGUGGCAUGCUGACUGCCAUUAUCAAUGAUGAUAAGCCCUGUGUGUUGUUCUGCAGCCCUCUGGGCCGAGAUGUCCCCGUCCUGGUGUCUGACAGAGUGAUGGACGGGACCCCCUGUGGCCCCUAUGAUGACCUGUGUGUGAACGGAAGGUGUCAGGCCAUGGCCAUGCACAGUGGGACAGCCACGUGCACGGCUCAGGUUCACCGGGCUGAGCUGAAACAGAACAUGUGA